GCGGUCCGUGUUCGGUAUACAUAUAUAUGUGUUUCCGCAUUCGGCAUUUUAAAUUGUGAGUUCAUCGCUCGUUACCCUCGACGUCGUCGCGACCGAUUUUGGCAUGAGAUUUUAACGCGGCAGCCACGAAAAGGCAGGGCAGAAAUUCGUCGACGAAAUAAUGGGCACUGUCCACGCUAAGGAACCUAGUAAUUCUUCAGGCUUGGGUCAAUUAUCUAAGAACGCCUCCGCAAAUUCAAAUGCAAACGAUGACCUACCACCAUUUUCCAGUAGCAAAUCACAGUUACAUAGGGAAGAAGAGAAUGUGCAGACGAAGAACAUUCUUCUGCAGACAGUGGAGGCACGAGUCGACAAGAUACACGUAGAUGGACUUGUACGAACGAAGGACGACAUAAUCAAAUCGCAAGUGACGGACUUGUUUAAAGCUAGAAACUUCGAGGAUGUCAUUAUACGUGCUUACAAAGUGCGGGAGAAGCUGGACGCGUUGGGAUGCUUUAGAAAUAUCGGAAUUUACAUCGACACCAGUCAAGGACCCGACGCCACUCCCGAUGGUGUUGAAGUCACUUUCAGGGUACGUGAAAUGAGACGUUUGGUCGGCGGGAUCAGCACGAUGGUCGGGAACAACGAGGGAUCCCUGAUCGUUGGCGCGAGAGCGCCGAAUCUGUUCGGGCGAGCGGAACGCAUCCAGAUGGAAUACUCUCACGGUAACAAAAGUUCGAUCAACUUCAAUGUAUCCGCCAUUAAACCAUUUCCGCAGAGCUUAUACAACGCAGUAUUAACCGGCACCGUGUUCAGCACGACGCACGAUUUCCCGUGGUCCGGUUUCAAGCAGAACGACAAAGGGCUGCUCCUCGACAUGGAGCUCAAUCAGACAGACACCUCGAAGCACAACGUACAGUAUGAAGCUGCAUUUAGGAACAUUAGCUGCUCGAAACAAGCGGCCUUUCGCGUUCGCGAACAGUGCGGUCCGAAUUUGAAAUCCGCGCUGAGGUACAUCUGGACGAUAGACAAAAGGGACUCUCCUAUAUUCCCCGUUACCGGGAGUCUCAUGCGAUUAACGACGGAAAUGGCUGGCCUGGGCGGCGAUAUUGGUUUCUUGAAGAACGAGCUUGCCAUACAAACUAAUUGGUCGCCGCACGAGUACCUUACAUUCCAGCUGGGCUUUCAGUCCGGGCUGUUGAGUGCAAUCAGCAACGACAUGAAGAUAAGUAUAGCCGAUCAUUUCUUCUUGGGCGGCCCGCUGAAUCUACGCGGAUUCGACAUGAGAGGAUGCGGGCCCCGCUACGAUGGAAAUUUCGUGGGCGGCGAGAUGUAUUGGGCAGCCGCCCUUCACGUGUACACGCCGCUCCCGUUCAGACCCGGCCGUAACAGUUUCGGGAAUUUAUUUAGACUGCACGGUUUCAUCAACGGUGGCAACCUGUCCAACUUCACUUUUGCAUACGGUAAUCUCUACAAUGAAAACAUGAAGAUCUUCACGGAGAACGUUCGCUGCGCUGUCGGCGGGGGUAUCGCGAUGAAACUGGGGAACAUUGCCCGUAUAGAAUUGAACCUAGUUACACCAUUGUUGUUCAUGAGGAGCGACGUGCUCCAACAAUUUCAAUUCGGUAUUGGCGUUCAAUACCUCUGAGCAUUUUUUAUCUUUCGAUAGUCUUGUAUUAUUAUAACGGAUUUAAAUGUAAAAAAAAGAAAUAGAGGGAUUAUGUGUAAAUUUAUUUCCGUUACUUGUCAGAGACGCAACGGAGUGUAUAAUAUUUUCAAUAAAGACACAGAGAAAUCAAA